AUGGUUGUUUGUAUUGAAGUCGAGGAUCUGUUCGAUGAACUGACCGCUGAAAACAACAGACUCGUCAAUGAAUUGUUGUUUACAAACAAAUGUUUGACUGAAAUGAAAGAUCAGAUGAAUUUGGUUUACAAGAAAUAUGAAGAGCUGAUUGACGCCGAAGAUUUAAAUCGGUGGCAAACAUUACAACAGAAAUGGAUGGACACUGCAGUCAUCGAUGACUACAAUACUGCAGUAAGUCUUGAAACUGACAAAACAAAUCACAAUAAAAGCGAAUUAAAUGAAAAAAUAAAACAAACGGUAAAUGAUAUCGUCAUCAUCAGCGAUGAUAAGAAUCGGAAGACAUCAUUGUUGUCGGUGCAAACAAAUAGUAUGGCCACCGAUGACCGACCGUUUGUUUGCCGACACGAAGAUUGCGGCAAACGGUUCAAAAUGAAAGCCCAUUUACAUCAUCAUUACAGUCAGUGUCAUAAAAACAGUGAAUACAAGUGCUAUGUCUGCCACAAGACAUUUACUGAGAUUAAGAAAUGGAUAAAACACGAGAAGACACACGACAUGAACCAGAAGAAGGUGUUCCGGAUGUUCAAAUGUUCCGAAUGCGGACAAUAUAUGUCGACCAAAGAUGCUCUUAGAAAACAUUAUAAAGUGAUUCAUCCGUUAAUGUAUACGACAACUACCGACACCAACAGCGCCAGCGAUGAUCGGCUAAUCGGUAAUGAUUUAGUACUCGACGACAAAUAUGUAUCGGUAUUUCAUCAAAAAUACUAUGACUUGAAUAGCAAACAAUACGUAUGUCCCGAUUCCGGGUGUGGAAUGCCAUUCGAUACGUCCAUAAAACUAUACAAUCAUAUGAACACUAUUCACGACAUCGAAAGUAUUGAAGAUUAUCUACAAAUUGAUAACAAUAACAACAACAAUAUGACCGGUAAUACUAUCACCAGUAAUGAUUCCGAACGACAACUGUUACAACUACUGAAACAAAACAAUUACGACAACAAAUCUGAUCGCUAUUUAUGUCCAUUUGGCGGCUGUGGACUCAAAUUCUCCAUAUGUCUGCCCGGAGCCCGAUUGCGGCAAAUCAUUCAAACGGAUGCCACUGCUGACAGGCCAUACAAAAAGAGUGCACAUCAAGAUUCGCCAGAAAACCUACCAGUGCUCGGAAUGCGACAAAUCGUACUUUGA